UUUCUGGAGAGCAGAGCCAGAGAAAGACAAAGCGAGCAGGCGCCAUGGCGCUGUGGACCCAGGUCCUGCUAUGGGGACUUGCACUUCUACAGAACUCCACUGUCCUUCUGUCCUCAGGGUCAGGGCCUGCGACCAGCGACAGCUCAGUGGUGUCUGAGUCUGUAGUGACCUGGGAGGCAGGUAGCCAGGCGGUCCUGCGCUGCCAGAGCCCACGCAUGGUGUGGACACAGGACCGGCUGCAUGACCGCCAGCGUGUGGUCCACUGGGACCUGGGCGGUGGUCCCGGCCCUGCACGCCGGCUAGUGGAUAUGUACUCGGCCGGUGAGCCACGCGUGUACCAGCCCCGGGACCGUGGCCGCUUGCUGUUGUCGCCCUCUGCCUUCCACGACGGCAAUUUCUCCCUGCUCAUUCGAGCGGUAGAGGAAAGCGAUGCGGGGCUGUACACCUGCAACCUGCACCACCACUACUGCCACCUGUAUGAGAGCCUGGCCAUUCGUCUGGAGGUGACCGACGACCCCCGGGCCGCGCGCGCCUACUGGGAUGGCGAGAAGGAGGUGCUGACCGCGGCGCGCGGCACGCCGACGCUGCUUACCUGCGUGAACCGCGCGCUCCUGUGGACCGAGCGGCACCUGGAGGAAGCGCAGCAGGUUGUACACUGGGAUCGCCAACCGCCUGGGGUCCCGCAUGACCGCGCCGAUCGCCUGCUCGACCUGUACGCGUCCGGCGAGCGCCGCGCCUACGCGCCUCCCUUCCUGCGCGACCGCGUGGCCGUCGGCGCCGACGCCUUCGCGCGCGGGGACUUCUCGCUGAGGAUCGACCCGCUGGAACCAGCGGAUGAGGGCACCUAUUCCUGCCACUUGCACCACCACUACUGCGGCCUGCACGAGCGCCGGGUCUUCCACCUGCGCGUGGCCGAGCCCGCCGCGACCCCGCCGCCCCUGCGCCCCUCUCCGGGCUCGGCCCCAGACCCCACGCUGGCACGAGGGCGCAGCGUCAUCAACGUCAUCGUCCCCGAGGGACGCGCGCACUUCUUCCAGCAGCUGGGCUACGUGCUAGCCACGCUGCUGCUCUUCAUCCUGCUGCUCAUCACCGUCGUCCUCACCACCCGCCAGCGCCGCCGCGGAGGCUAUGACUACACAGACCAGAAGUCUGCGAAGGCCAAAGCGAAGGACGUGAACCUGGCAGAGUUUGCAGUGGCCACAGGAGACCAGACCCCCUACAGGAGCGAGGAUAUCCAGCUAGAUUACAAAAACAAUAUCCUCAAGGAGAGGGUUGAGCUGGUCCACAGUCCCCUGCCUGCCAAGAACAUCGACCUGGACAAAGAGUUCAGGAAAGAGUACUGCAAGUAACGCGAUGCUGGGCUCUUGGCCCGGCUGCAGCUCUGCUCCCGAGGACUGGAGAGUCCAGGACCGUAGAUGCUCGCCGCCUUCUUCCCAGCGGCUGGACCCGCUUUCCUGAAGUUGGCCUAAGGCUGGCCGGCACAAAGUAGCUGGGGCACCAUCUUCAUUCUCAAGAAGCUACUGUGGGUUUCUGGGGACUCUGCUGCAGCAGGGUCGCGACCCUUCAGCCACCCUUGGUCACUGAUGGCCCCCCUCACCCCCAGCCCCAGUGAUGCCCAUCAAGCCCUUGGGCUCUCCAGCCUUUCUUCAGGGGAGGAAGACAUCCCAGAGGGGACUCAGAAACCUUGGGGGGCUGGAGCAGUCUCAGGGCUGGCACCUCACUUCUCCUGGGGGAGCCCCCCAAGUGGACUUUCCAGACUGCACCAGGCACCCACAGUUACUCAGAGCCCUGCUCAGCUGCCCUCUGCCCUAUAAGGAAACUAAAGACUCCUAGGGACUCCACUGCUUUGGGUCGUGCGGAGCAGCAACGGCCCUUCCUGUGCUUCUGACCCUUCUCCGGCUAUUUUCACAAGACUUGUGGUCACUGGGCUCCAUGUGACCUCUGACAUUCAUAAGCCUCCCUAGGCUGAGUCUGGGGCAGGGGUUGCAUCUGGCUUCUAUUGUGGCUGAGAAUGGAGAGGGGGAUGACAAUGGAUCUGGGUGGCCUGUAUUGCCACACUGAUACCCUGUGUAUGUUCCUGCUGGGGGAACUGCUGCAUCACAGUAAAGCCUGUCUGAUUUUUAGACUCUA